ACCUAAAACUUUUCAAGUCAUAUGUGUCAAUUUUCCCCGAACCUGAAUCUCUCUGUGAUCGUGGGAUUGUCAAGUGCGCGCCCGAGAAUCGCCGUUCCUUUCCUCCCAUUCAAUCUCACUCACUCUGCUGCUUCAAGUCUCUCAUUUGCACAGUUCCAGUCUACUUUCUUCUAGCCUGAGCACGUGAAGACGAUUUCAUGGUUAUAUUCGCUGUUUUGUUCAUGGCUGAUGGACAUUUUGUGCUAGCCUGAGCAUGGAGUAUUUUGCAAAAGAAUUCCAUGCAAAAAUUCCUUGAAGAAAUAGGAGGACUUGAAGAGUUUGAGGUGUUACAUUUGGUAUACAACAACGUCUAUGGACCACUACCAGCUGACCUUGGCAGUGAUCUCUCUCUUGGAAUUCUGCUGCUGUUCUAAUUUUGAGGUUGAUUUUUUAAGCUUGGUUUUGAAGCAAUACUCCUAGAAGAGAAUUUCCUUGUACUUUUUUUCAAGAAAGAGACAAUGAGAAAUCAAUCUUUACCAAAUUCUUUCUUCCUUCUCCGCUCCCUCUUUAAAAAAAGAUCUUUUGGUUCACAAUCAGAAUUUUCGGGAAAGACUAUCCUAUCGUCACCAUCUUCCGUGCAUAUCAAGCAAAGUAUUGAUGCUUCAAUGGAAACCUCUUCUGAAGUGGCUUGUCAGAGCAACUUGGUUUUUUCAGAGUCCAUUAACACCAAAUGCAAUUUCUCGCUUAAUGCAGCUUUAACUGAAAAUCAUGUGAUCAACACUCUCCUAGGCAACAAAAGUGAUCCAAAAUCAGCAUGGGAGCACUUCAAAAGGAUUGAGCGGAAGAGAGGUUUCAUCAAGAGCACUGAUGUUGUUUGUGUGUUGCUUCUCAUUCUGAUGAAUUCGGCAAAGACACAUAGAAUAGCUCAGAAUUUGCUUAACCAAUUUGUUUCAGGAAAUUUUGUCCCCUCUAGUUGUCUAGUGGAACAUUUAGUGGAAUGCAUGAAACUGUACAGUUUUCCAUUAGAUAUUCAGGUUUUUAAUUAUUUGUUGAAUAGUUACGUUAGAGCUGACAAACUUGAAGAAGCUCUUCACAAUUUUAAUAAAAUGGUAGAAUUUGAUAUAGCGCCAUCAGUUCAGUAUAUGAAUAUUCUUUUGACUGCUAUGGUUAGGAAAAACAUGAUUUAUGAAGCACGGGAGUUACAUAAAAAAAUGUUGCUGAAAGGAGUUGCAAGUGAUUGUUUUACCUUGCAUGUUAUGAUGCGUGCUUGUUUGAAGGAAGGGAAUAUUUUGGAGGCAGAGCAGCAAUUUGUAGAAGCAAAAGCAAGUGGAGUUAAACUUGAUGCCGAAGCAUAUAAUACUUUGAUCCAUGUAAUUUGUAUGAAACCAAAUUCUGGAUAUGCUUCAUCUUUGUUGAGAGAGAUGAGAGCAACAGGUUGGGUUCCUUCGGAGGGCACAUUUACAAGUGUUAUUACUGCUUGUGUGAAGGAAGGGAAUAUGGUAGAGGCUCUAUGGCUGAAAGAUGAGAUGGUUAAUUGUGGGAAGUCUAUGAAUUUGGUUGUUGCAACAAGUUUAAUGAAGGGUUAUUGCAUGCUAGGAGACCUGAGCAGUGCUUUAGAUCUUGUGAAUGAAAUUAUGAAGAAUGAUAUGGUGCCCAACAAAGUUACAUACGCAGUUUUGAUUGAUGGUUGCUGUAAGAAUGGGAAUAUGGAGAAGGCAUAUGAGUUUUACACUGAGAUGAAAACCAAGGGCAUUCGGCCAAGCGUUUAUUCUUUGAAUUCUAUGAUACAAGGGUAUUUGAAAUGUCAGUCAUUGCAAAAUGCAUUCAAGAUGUUUGAUGAUGCAGUUGAGUGUGGUCUUGCAAACGUGUUCUCGUUUAAUAAUUUAUUGUCAUGGCUUUGUAAGGAGGGUAGGGUCAAUGAAGCUUGCAAUUUAUGGGAUGAGAUGAUUGUUAAGGGAAUUAGUCCUAAUGCAGUUUCUUACAACAACAUGAUACUCGGUCACUGUAAAAAUGGAAAUAUUAAUGCAGCAUGUAAGGUGUACAAGGAGAUGCUAGAUAAUUGUUUUACACCGAAUGUAGUUACCUUUUCUAUUCUAAUGGAUGGUUAUUUCAAGAAAGGUGAUAUUGAGAAUGCCUUUGGUAUAUUUCACAUGAUGAUGGAUGCUAAUAUUCUCCCCACUGACAUCACAUUAGGCAUUAUUAUCAAAGGUUUGUGCAAAGGUGGUCGUACUUCUGAGGGAAGGGAUAUGUUCAAUAAGUUUGUUUCUCAAGGUUUGGUUCCAUCGUGUAUGGCUUACAAUACUAUUAUUGAUGGUUUCAUCAAGGAAGGUGACAUUAACUUGGCCUUGAAUGUUUAUAGGGAAAUGUGUGAGAUUGGAAUUUCUCCUAGUAUAGUUACCUACACGUCCUUGAUUGAUGGAUUUUGUAAAAGUAAUAAUAUAGAUCUUGCUUUAAAGUUGCUGAACGUUAUGAGAAGGAAAGGUCUUGAAAUGGACAUUACAGCAUACGGCAUGCUCAUUGACAGUUUUUGCAAAAGAAGGGACAUGAGAAAUGCAAGUGAACUUUUUAAUGAACUUCUUGGAGUUGGUUUAUCUCCAAAUGUUAUCAUUUACAAUAGCAUGAUUGCUGGGUUUAAGAAUCUGAACAACAUGGAAGCAGCGAUUGACUUAUAUAAGGCUAUGGUAGAUGAGGGCAUUCCAUGUGAUUUGCAAACAUAUACCUCAUUGAUUGACGGACUGCUGAAAGAAGGAAAACUUCUCCAUGCAUCAGAUCUCUACUCUGAAAUGCUUUCCCAGGGUAUUUUGCCUGAUGAUCACACACAUACGGUUCUAAUAAGUGGUCUCUGUAACAAAGGACAAUUAGAGAAUGCACGCAAGAUUUUGGAAGAGAUGAAUGGCAGAAACGUGAUUCCUAGUGUUCUCAUUUAUAACACAUUAAUAGCUGGACACUUUAAGGAAGGGAAUUUGCAAGAGGCUUUUAGGUUGCAUGAUGAGAUGCUUGCUAGAGGUCUUGUUCCUGAUAACACUACCUAUGAUAUUCUUGUCAAUGGAAAGUUCAAAGGAGAUAGUACUUUUAGUAGAGAUUUUAGUUUCUAAGUAGGCAGGCUCACACUCCUGUAUUGUCCUCAAAAGAAAGCAUGAUUAUUAGGUGUGUUUUCUUUUUCAUUUUGGAAGCGUUGGAAGGUUUCAUGUCUCCACUCAUCGUCAGUUCCAAAGGUUCCAUUUUUCCCAUUGACGAACAAGAUGAAGGAUCUUUUUCCUUUUGAUGGGAAAACUUCAGUGACGGCCUUUCUUCUUUCUUCCCCUUACCCACAUCUUUCGAUCACUUUGCUUUCAAAAACCACUUCUUAUCAUUUCCCAAAAUACUUUUACCUUCCCUUAUUCCCCCAUUGUAGUUCAUCGAACCAGCCAUGAUGAUUUGAAUCUUUUUGCAUCCAGCAUGUUCCAUAUGAAAAUCUAUUCUUUUAAAGAAUUUAUAGUUCAGAUGCUCUGAAGAGUUUCCACAAAUAUUUCUUCUAUCGGGAGCAGUUGAUCUGUAGCAUACUGAUUAGAAAAAUAAGAUUUCUUGUUUUCUCCUCCACCUUGAUCAUGUUGCCGUUUGAACUAGCUUCUGAACUAAUAGAAAAAGCCUGUUUUCAGUUUCACAAUGACCAACCAAACUCAGUCAGAAAUUUUCCAAAAUUUUGUACUGUUUUAAAAAUAAAGUCACGCCAACCUGUUUUAGCAAGAAAACCCUUUACCGGGAAAAUUCUCGUCUGAAACACUCCGAUAAGCUCCAAUCCACUGCCUUUCUAUCUCCUUCAUCGUCAAAAUUUCUUGUUUGUUCAUUCUUCCGGUUGUGAACGCCAUUUUCCGGUUGUUUUGGAAGAGAAUGCAGGCAAAUGCUGACUCUGAUUAUGAUAUCUCCGAGGACGAAGAUUACGUUUCAAAUGAAGGAGCAACAGAGGAAAGGAAGAACUUCAGCUCAAUUUAAGAUUGAAAAGGCUCAAAGGAAUCAGAGAGGCCUCCAAGCCUAAAUUUACGUUCCAUUCACAGAGGAAAAAAUUAUCAUGCACUGUUAUUCAUGAUGAUACACUCUGUGUACCAUCCAAGGUACAUAAUUUAUCUGACAACUUAGAUGCCAUUCUAUCUAGAACUGAGAACGAUCCAGCUGCAGAGUGUCUUGAAGAUUUUUUGGAAGAAUUUGAAGAGCAUAUUGACGUCAGGCCUGCAGAGAACUUUGGAAACAAUGAGAGUUUGAUUGCUGAACUUUUAGAUGGCCUUAAA